AUGCCUAAAACACCCAGAACACCCACAUCGUCAUUUCACGCUCCAUACGACCAACCCUCCUCACCAUUGGAGGAUUGUAAACCCACCUUAGAUACUGCUAAAUCACCCAAAAAGACGAAAUCAACUUCGGGAGAAUUAUCGAGUCGACGACCUUGGACCAACGACGAAUUCUUACAACUCUUCGAACACGUCAUAAGGGCUAAUCAAGCGUAUCUUGCUUGGCAACAAACUCUUGCACCAUUUCUCCGAUCUGCUAUCGAGACUAGAAGAGGAAGAUGA